CACGCCCCCAAUGUAACAGCUCCCUCUCUGCCACACCCAAACUGCCACGCCCCCUCCGCGCCACUCCAGUGAGAGCUGAGAUGUUGGUGGAGCUGCUGGCAGUACAGCGAGGGGUGAGGAGCUGCGGUUGAGGAGCUGCUGGUGAGGAGCUGCGGCUGAGGAGCUGCUGGUCAGGAGCUGCUGGUGAGGAGCUGCGGGUGAGAUACAAACUGAGCUGUUGAACGAUUCCAGGUGAUUUGUAGGACAUGAUUUCGGGUGCUGGAUGGAAUGCUGGGUAAUUGUGGAAUCGCCCAGUCAUGGUGCUCUGGUUUAGCCUCACCUGGUUUCUCCUAGUGACACUUCUUUCUGUUAAACUGAGAGCAGUUCUGUCCCAUGACUUCACCCUAAAGGACAUCAUUAAGCUCCAUUCAUCAGCCACUCCGUAUCCUGGAGGGUUUAAAUGCUUUACCUGUGAGGAGGCUGAAGAUAACUACUCCUGCAACCGCUGGGCUCCUGACCACUUCUGCCCUAAAAACACCAGGUUCUGCUACACGCGCCACCAGAUGAACGCCGGAGGGGAGAGUGUGUCUGUGACGAAGCGCUGUGUGGCUCGGGACCAGUGUGUGUCCACUGGCUGUGUGGAGCAAGAAGGCUCUAUGGUCUGCAUUUCCUGCUGUGAAGGAAACAUCUGCAACUUGCCGGUACCAUGGAACCAGACGAUGGCCAUCUUCUCUACAAGUUACCCAUUAAACCAAGAGAACAGAUUGUGUCCUGGGUUUAAAACAUCUUUGUUCUUUUUCAUUGUCGUCCUUUUGAACUAUUAUUAACAGCCUGAACUGUGGUUUUAUUUAUGUUGGUGGUUUAUAUAUGGACAAGAUUGGAUUAAAGGAAUAAUCUGAUGGUUCAAAAAAAUAAACUCUUAGUUUUAAUUCAGUUUUGAGAGUUACAAGUUGUAAAUUCACUAAUCUUUGCUGCUUAAGAUAGAUGGAUAGACAUAGAUAUUCUCGUACAGUGCAGUAGAUGGUGCUAACGGACAAUAAAUAAUCUACAAAAGCGAGCAAUAAAAAUGAGAUUGAUUAUAAAAUAAAGAAAAAAGCUGGUGUGCUUAUACAUAUACCUGUACUGAACUGCUUGUAUUUUUGCACCAGGAGUGGCAUAAAGUUAUCUAAAUGCAGUGUGUAAGACUGGCGGAGGAGAGCAUGCCAAGAUGCAUGAAAACUGUGAAAAAAAACAGGGUUAUUCCACCAAAUACUGAUUUCUGAAACUGUAUUAAUAUGAACUUGAUUUAUUUGCAUUAUUUGAGGUCUGAAAACUCUGCAUCCUUUUGUUAUUUCAGACAUUUCUUAUUUUCUGCAAAUAAAUGCUCUAAAUGACAAUAUUUUUAUUCGGAAUUUGGGAGAAAUAUUGUACGUAGUUUAUAAAAUAAAACAACAAUGUUCAUUUUACUCAAACAUAAACCUAUAAAAAGUCAGAAAACUGAUUUAGAGACUGUGGUUUAGAAGUGGUCUCUUAAUUUUUUCCAGAGUUGUUUAUGUGCAUAAAUAAUGUAAAUAUGUGCAUAGCCAUCUAUGAGUAAAUGUCCAUGUAAAUAAAAAAUGUGGUUGAGUAAAUGUCCAUGUAGUGUGACUGGUUUUAACUUGGUCCCGUCCCCGGUGGAAGGAGUUAAGAAGUCUGAUGACUGGGGAUAAAAGAUCCUCUCAGUCUGUCUGAUGAGCAGCUUUAAGAAAGCAUUCCUCUACUUAACACACUCAUAUUUUUGAUGUCAGUGUGCAAUGGGAUGACAAUCAUUGUCCAUGAUAGAAAGUCCUUGUCUCUGCCAUUCCAACCACAGACCUGGACCUUUGACACAGUACAAAUGUGCUGUCCCGUCACAUAGGCGUCUACAGGGCGUAGUGAACAAUCAGUUCUUGAAGCUGACGUGUUAAAAGAAGGAAAGACAAGAAUGAGUCAAACAACCCCAAAGCACGGGUGUUCCCAGUAUAUGCAGUAGUCUGUACCUAAACUUGUGUACCAGUGACAGGGUCAGGGGAGCCCAAAGCUCACCAAUGUGAAGAAAUCUUGGUGGCAGACACCACAGAACAUCUUCAGAGAUAUUUGGGAGUCCAUGUCUCAGUAUGUCAAAUAUAGUUUGGGAGCAGCAAGAGAACCUAUACAAACAGGUAACUGGUAUUAAUGUUAUGGCUGGUUGCUGUAAGUGCCUAGGAAUAAAGUAGCAUAUUUUGUUUUCGAAGUAUUCUUGGAGAGCCUUUUUAUAGGAUAAAAAAUAU